GAGUUUUACCUCUGGUUGUUGACCACGGUGCUAGAGCUGAGGGAGCGACCCAGCUCGCUGCCACCUCAACAUGGAGUAGCCAGGUCCUAGCGUUAACUACCGAAAAGCGGAUUCGGUAGAGAGGAGUACCCGGUGCCCUGUUCAGAAUUCACCAUCAGAAACUCUCGCAAAUGAUACAGCGGCCAUUUUCCGCAAAGUCCAAGUGAAGUCCGGCUUUUAUUAGAAAGAUGGCGAACGACUCUCCGGCUAAAAGUCUAGUAGACAUAGAUUUGGCUUCAUUGCGGGAUCCAGCUGGGAUAUUUGAGCUGGUGGAGGUAGUUGGAAAUGGAACCUAUGGACAAGUCUACAAGGGACGACAUGUCAAGACUGGACAGCUGGCUGCCAUCAAAGUCAUGGACGUCACAGAGGAUGAAGAGGAGGAAAUUAAACUGGAGAUCAACAUGCUGAAGAAGUAUUCCCACCACAGGAACAUAGCCACGUAUUAUGGUGCUUUCAUUAAGAAGAGCCCCCCAGGACACGAUGACCAACUCUGGCUGGUGAUGGAGUUCUGUGGUGCCGGUUCCAUCACAGACCUGGUGAAGAACACCAAGGGGAACCAGCUGAAGGAGGACUGGAUCGCCUACAUAUCUAGAGAAAUCCUCAGAGGUCUGGCUCACUUACACGCCCACCACGUGAUCCACCGCGACAUCAAAGGCCAGAACGUCCUGCUCACAGAGAACGCCGAAGUCAAACUUGUGGACUUUGGUGUGAGUGCUCAGCUGGAUCGUACCGUUGGGAGGAGAAACACCUUCAUCGGCACGCCCUACUGGAUGGCCCCCGAGGUCAUCGCUUGUGAUGAGAACCCAGAUGCUACGUAUGAUUACAGGAGUGACCUGUGGUCUUGUGGGAUCACAGCGAUCGAGAUGGCUGAAGGAGCACCGCCUCUUUGUGACAUGCACCCCAUGCGUGCGCUUUUCCUCAUUCCCAGAAACCCUCCUCCAAGGCUCAAAUCCAAAAAAUGGUCCAAGAAGUUUUUUAGCUUCAUAGAGGGCUGUCUGGUGAAGAACUACACCCAGCGCCCGCCGACAGAGCAGCUGCUGAAGCACCCCUUCAUUCGAGACCAGCCCAACGAGAGGCAAGUUCGGAUUCAGCUGAAAGACCACAUCGACAGGACCAAGAAGAAGAGAGGAGAGAAGGAUGAGACGGAGUACGAGUACAGUGGCAGUGAGGAUGAAGAAGAGGAUCCCCCAGAACAGGAAGGAGAGCCCAGCUCUAUCGUCAACGUGCCAGGUGAGUCAACUCUGCGCCGCGACUUCAUCCGCCUGCAGCAGGAGAACAAGGAGCGGUCUGAGGCAUUACGUCACCAGCAGCUCCUCCAGGAGCAGCAGCUCAGAGAGCAGGAGGAGUACAAGCGCCAGCUGCUGGCUGAAAGGCAGAAGCGCAUCGAGCAACAGAAGGAGCAGAGGAGGCGGCUGGAGGAGCAACAGAGACGAGAACGCGAGAUGAGGAGGCAACAGGAGCGCGAGCAGCGCCGCCGCGAGCAGGAGGAGAAGAGGCGCAUGGAGGAGAUGGAUCGCCGACGUAAAGAGGAGGAGGAACGCCGACGAGCCGAGGACGAGAAGCGGAGGAACGAUCGUGAGCAGGAAUACAUCAGACGUCAGCUGGAGGAGGAGCAGCGACACCUGGAGAAGCUGCAGGAGCAGCUCCUCCGUGAACAGGCCAUGCUGCUGGAGUUCAAGUGGCGGGAGCUGGAGGAGCAGCGCAAAGCUGAGCGCCUCCAUAAGCGGCUGCAGCAGGAGCAGGCCUACCUGCUGUCUCUGCAGCAUGAGUCCAAACAGCUGCCUGGCGACCAGACCACAGUCCCCUCAGACCAAAGCAAACCUCCACAGACCUCCACUCUGCCCCCCGCCUCCUCCCCACAAGCUCAGGUCAUCCACUCUGCUAGUUCUGAGUCCUCCGGAGCCUCCCGGACUGUCCCUGCUGACAGCGGUGAAUCCCAGGAGGAGGCUGAUGAGACCAGCCCCAGCCAGAGCUCCCCCUCCUCCACCCCGCACCCCCCUAUGAACGAACCCCCUACUGACGCUAAACCCCCCCAGGCAGAAAGUUUGGAGCCUGUCAGUCCCCCUGCUCAGCCUAUCGGAGAGGCUGAUGAACGCUUCCGUAAAAACAUCCAGGGCUCCCCUCAGAUCGCACCUCCUACAAAGCAGCCCCCCCUGCCUCCCCGCUCCUCCGAACCAUUUUCCAACGGGGGCUCCUCGUCCGAGUCUUCCGCCAUGCAUCGACCUAUGGAACCCCAGGUCCAGUGGUCACACCUGGCCGCUCUAAAGAGCAGCAACAGCGCCGCGCCCUCUCCUCCUCCACCCGUGGUUUCUCGCUCCCAGUCCUUCAGCGAGUCUGGCGCUGUGAACUCUAGCUUCGCACAGCUCCACCUGCGCUCCCAGGACCCCCACCAUCUCCACCACCCAUCACCUGCACGCCCUGACCCCCAACCCCAACCUCCCCUCCACCAGGCUCAGAGCCGGCUGGAACGCCAGGUCAGCAGUGAGGAAGUCCCUCCUAAGGUACCCGUGAGGACGACGUCCAGGUCCCCCGUCCUGUCUCGUCGAGAGUCUCCUCUGCCCUCCCAACCCAGCAACCAGAGGAACGCUGGCAGUAACGUGGAUCAGCGCCCCCUGUGGGACCGAGUGGAGAAGCUGCAGUCCCGACCCGGCAGCGGCAGCUCCUCCGGCUCUAACUCCAGCUCCCAGGCCAGUCCAGCUGACCGCUUCAGGCCUCGCUGUGAGUCCCCUGCUUCGUCUAAAUCUGAAGGAGUGUCCUUCCAGCGUCCUGAAAGCGUCCCCAAAAAGCCGGAGGAGAAGAACGCCUGCAGGCCUCCCCGACCAGCUGACCUGACGGCUUUAGCCAAAGAGCUGCGUGCGGUGGACGAUGUACGACCUCCUCACAAGGUGAUGGAUUACUCCUCAUCCAGCGAGGAGUCGGGUACCACAGACGAGGAGGAUGAAGAGGAGGUGGACCAGGAGGCGGGAGAAGAAUCCACAUCUGGAGCUGAAGACUCCAGAGCGGGGAGGCUGAGUAACGGAGAGAGCGAUUCUGCUAAGACCAUGCUGGUGGAGGACUCUGAGAGCGAACAAGCCAUCACUCCAUCCAAAGAUGGCACGCUGGUCCUCAGACAGAGCACAGCUGACAUAAAGCGGUUGAUCAGUCUCUCACCUCCCUCUUCCUCCUCGCCCGGCUCUGGUCGUGGCCACGCCCCCCCAGAGAAAAACGGCCUUCCGGGCCGCAUUCACCACCUGCCUGACCUUAUCCAGCAGAGCCAUCACUCCCCCUCCUCCUCUACAGCCAUGCUUUCCUCCUCCACCACCUCCUCCUCCUCCUUCCCCUCAUCAUCUAGCCAGAUCAGCCUUGCCAUGCCCCCUCAGAUCCCCCUGGACGAGCUCUCUCCCAUGGAGUCCCAGUCAGAGAACAACUCCAUGUCCAAACACAAGUCUUCCUCAUCCUUCACUCCGUUCAUCGACCCACGCCUUCUCCAGAUCUCUCCGUCCAGUGGCAGCUCCCCCAACAACAUGGCUGGUUUUGGGCAGGAGGGCCGUCUGCCCGACCCGCUGAGGUCCGACGCUUCCCGCAAGGGCUCGGUGGUCAACGUCAACCCUGUCAACACCCGCCCGCCCAGCGACACGCCGGAGAUCCGCAAGUACAAGAAGAGGUUCAACUCUGAGAUCCUGUGUGCAGCACUGUGGGGAGUGAACCUGCUGGUGGGCACGGAGAGCGGUCUGAUGCUUCUGGACAGAAGCGGUCAGGGGAAGGUCUACCCGCUCAUUAACCGACGGCGAAUCCAGCAGAUGGACGUCCUGGAAGGACUCAACGUCCUGGUCACUAUAUCAGGUAAAAAGAACAAGCUGCGCGUGUAUUACCUGUCGUGGCUCAGAAACAAGAUUUUGCACAACGACCCAGAGGUGGAGAAGAAGCAGGGCUGGGUCAACGUGGGCGACCUGGAGGGUUGUGUCCACUACAAAGUCGUGAAGUAUGAGAGGAUCAAAUUUCUGGUCUUGGCUUUGAAGAAUGCAGUGGAGGUGUACGCCUGGGCCCCCAAACCCUACCACAAGUUCAUGGCUUUCAAAUCCUUUGGUGACCUGGUGCACAAGCCUCUGCUGGUUGACCUGACGGUGGAAGAGGGCCAGAGGUUGAAGGUCAUCUACGGCUCAUCCUCAGGCUUCCACGCCGUUGAUGUGGACUCCGGUGCAGUUUACGACAUUUACCUGCCCACACAUAUCCAGACCAGCAUCCAGUGCCACGCCAUCAUCAUCCUGCCCAACACCGAUGGGAUCGAGCUGCUGGUGUGCUACGAGGACGAGGGCGUCUACGUCAACACCUACGGGCGGAUCACCAAGGACGUGGUGCUACAGUGGGGAGAAAUGCCAACUUCAGUGGCCUACAUUAGGUCGAACCAGAUAAUGGGCUGGGGUGAAAAGGCCAUAGAGAUUCGCUCAGUGGAGACGGGACAUCUGGACGGCGUCUUUAUGCACAAGAGAGCCCAGAGACUCAAAUUCCUCUGCGAGAGGAACGACAAGGUUUUCUUUGCCUCCGUGCGACAAGGAGGAGCCAGCCAGGUGUACUUCAUGACCCUGGGACGCACCUCCCUCAUGAGCUGGUAGAUGGCGUCCUCCAUCAGACGCCAACAGGAUGAUCAAAGGUUAGAUGCGACCUCGGCUUGAGCUGGAGAAGUUCCUCCACUUCCUGUCACCUGCUCAGGCGACCAAAUCCCGGGUUGGACUGUAAUCACGAGGAAGUUCAGGGAUGAACAUAAUCAGCCUCGCUGCCCAACCCUUCGAGCCCAUUUCUCUCCUCUCGUCUCCCCCAGACGGGAACCUGUCCAUCUUUGUGUCAUGGUAAUAAAAACGUCUUGUAUGUGAAUAGCAACACAUGUUCGUCUGAGCGGCUCUGUGGAAACGACAAACUUGAGGGUAGCGGUGUUUUGGUUCAGGUUUGAGGAUUUCCACGUCAAGCUCACAACAAUCGACCCUUGACGUGUAAAUCUGCGUCUUCUGCCUUCACCUCCGUAAAGCGAAGAGCUCCUAAGGGACGUUCUUCGUGUUUAAAGCAGGGUUCUGGACGUCGGCUUGUACGUUUUACCCCCAGACUGGUGCAGGUUCUCCACAUUCUGCCUCAUGUGCUGUAAGUUAUGUCGAACAGAAGUAUCCCUGUGAUGACAGCAUGACACUUUGGUGUUAUUAACAGAAUAAACCCCCUUUUCUUAAACAUACACUGUAUUUCCUGCUGCGUAUGAAGAAACCGCAACAAGACGGGCUGCAAAGGAAUAUGUCAUAUUUAUCCUCGACUUGUCCUUUUUCAGCGGUCUGGUUUUUUCAUGGUGUCACUUGGCUUCUUCUCGCACAAUCGUUCGUUAAUUUUCUACAAACACACACAACAGACCAGUAAAUGUGAGAUUCGCCCACCUUUCGACGUUCGUUCUGAUUAGGGCUAGGAUAAACUGUGAAGAAGAUGCGGGGACCGCGGGUGGCCGUUAAGGUAGCGUAGAUCUCUGUUAACAUUCUGCAAAAUCAUGGCGUUGCAAACGUACGACCAAUUAGCUCUGAGGGAGUUCUUGGUGUCGGCCUCCGAUCGUUCUCCAGAGGAUUAAAAGGUAUCCAAAAGCCGAAGACAUUUGGAUGUUGUGUACUGUAGGAACACUUUAGUCCAAAACUGCCACGUGGCUCAAUGUUGGACCUCUUUAAGGUCACUUGGCGGUUUGUUUACAUAACUCAGUCCAGUAGACACACACCCUUACCUGUCCUAGAUUUGUUUUAUUUUUUUUCAUAAAUGACGAGGCAAGACUUUGUGACUUGACCUUUUACUUUACUCCAAUGUAAAACGUUUGUGCUGCAGCUUUUGUUCUGAUGAACUGUAGCAGUCGGCUGCUCUCAGGAGGUCUCCUACAGCCUGGAAGUGGACCCGCUGAGAGCAACAGAACAUCACCAUCAGGUGCAUUUACGAUCCGAUUGUCUUCAAAACAAUCAAACCAACUCGAACAGCAGUGUUACAGAACCACUUCAGAUGACAUCAACUAAAGCGGCAUAUUUAAAACAAGUUUUUAGUCUAUCUGCCAUUUUUAUCCUUUCAGAUAACUAUGUGACUGCAGUGGGUUUUUAAUAUUGUAAUGCACACCCUAUGUUCAAAAUGUUUACAUAAGCAGUUGUUUUGUUACACCAACAUGUGUCAAUAUGAAUAUUUAUGGUUUUAUUUCGAGGGCAGUGUUUUUUCCCCCACUACCAGUUUUGUAUCAUUUAGACGUGUCCUGUGCGGGGAUAAUACGUUUUUUGCUCCAGUCCAGCGUGUCGUGGCACUGAUUCCUUGACAUCCUGCUCAGUGGGACCUCUGGCUGUGCAGCAGCAAGUGCUUAAAUAAAAACACCCAGGUGACACGUCUCCCCUUAAACGUCUUUUUUUCCAUUUCUAAUUUAUGUCCUCUCUGUGUGAAUUAUGGGAAUUGCUGUAUUUUCCUGAAAGUUUUGUUUUUUCUUCCAUUGAAUAAAAUCUGAUUUCAUUUACAAAACA